UUGGACCGGGCGGUAAAACGUAAAGAUUUCCCCCUGUUAAGAUCACUUUGGUCUAUCUGACGCGUUCCGUCCUACGGGCUUUGCUUAAGACAGGGGCUCAGCCCGUCAUUUGCAAUGUGGAGACUGUUGAUCAGGUCGCUAAUUACACCUCUCUCCCUCUCUCUCUUUCUCUCUUUCCCUCCCUCCCUCUCUCAUUCGCCCUCUCUCUUCCAUUCCCAGAGUGCAUAUCGGGAAUAGACACACAAAGACAUGCGCACUCAACUUAAUCAGCCAUUUUUUUAAACAGGGCUAAAACGAUAAUAAUUAGCAGAAUAAAGACAUAUCGGAUUUUCAUUUCCCUUCCGCCGUUUCUCUACCCCUCCACAACCGAAAUUGCGAGGCUGCAGUCGACACAUCUUUCACCGAUCGGACCCAAAGGAUAGCUUUCACACCGCCUGUCAUUUGUAUAUUUUUUCCAAUAAAGUUGGGAGGAUUAUCAAUUUUUCCCGUUUUUCAAUUUUUGUGUUAUCAUAUUUCGCAACCAUUGGAUGUGACUGUUUUCAAACCAAAAGCAAGAGACGUAGGGGAGCGAACUGCGGGGCGAAGAAAGUCCCUGUCUGAUUGGAUGAGAUGAGAUCCCCAUGUAAAGGUCGCCAUGGCAACCUGUGACUCCCCUUCUAUCGUCUUGCGGCAGGAAAAUGGCCAUAAGCUGUCGUCGCUGCCAGCAGGGCCGUGUGACGCAGAGGAGACCGAGAGAUACCGAACUGCUGCUGCCUCUGGGAUGGAUCCCACCGCUGAUACCAAUGACACUGGAGCAUCAGAGAACAGCCCUGCUACCUUCAAUAAUGCCACAGACACCGGCAGCCCGCUGAGGACGGAGCAGCAGAGCCGGAUAGAAAGCUUUACCGGAACCGGAACUGUUGUAUCGGGUUUGGAGCAUGUCCACACUUCUGCUUCGCUGGUGGCCCCAGCAAAGGACAUCCCCUGUAAUGAAUGUUCCACCUCCUUCUCCAGUUUACAGCAGUACAUGGAGCACCACUGCCCCAACGCUCGCAUGCCCAACGCAGCAGGGCGGGAAGAAGAGGAGGAGGAGGGCGAGAGUGAGGGAGAGGGGGAGCCUGAUGGAGUGGCAGAGUGUGAGAGAGACAGCGAGAUGGACGAGUUAGAAGAUAGUGACGUGGAGAACCUGUGCGGUGAGAUCGUCUACCAGCCCGACGGAUCUGCCUUCAUCCUGGAGGACUCCAAAGAGCAUCGCGGUGGCGGCUCCAGGGGCCUUCUGUCACCCAAAAACGUCCCCCCUAACCCCCAGAAUCCCACCGCUGCCACCAAUAAAUCCCAAAGCGGUUUGACCACCCAUGGGGGGAAUCGGGACAGGGCGGAGUUGCCUGCGGCUGCACCCAUAUCCUUCUACCCACAGGUCAUCAACACUUUCCACAUUGCGUCAUCCCUCGGGAAAGCAUUCCCGGCUGACCCGGCGGCGACAUCGUCGUUCCCAAAUACCUCAGCGUUCGCAGGCGCCGGCAGCCCUGUGUUGCACAGUUUCCGUGUCUACGACCUUCGCCACAAGAGCGACAAAGACUAUUUGACGGUCGACGGCGCAGCCAAAAACUCCUGUGUGUCCAAAGAUGUCCCCAACAAUGUGGACUUGUCCAAGUUUGAGGGCUGUGUGAGCGACGGACAGAGGAAGCCUGUGCUGAUGUGUUUCCUCUGCAAGCUGUCGUUCGGCUACAGCCGGUCGUUUGUGACACACGCCGUCCAUGACCACCGGAUGACGCUCAACGAGCAGGAACAGAAGCUCCUGAGCAACAAGCACGUCUCUGCCAUUAUCCAGGGGAUCGGCAAGGACAAAGAACCUCUUAUAAGCUUUUUGGAACCAAAAAAAUCCUCUAACUCUGUGCUACCCCACUUUCCUACCGCCGCUAACUUCCUAGGUCCUGACCCGGGGUUCCGCGGCCUGUGGAACACGUUCCACGCUGAGAACGCUGAUUCCCUCCAGGCUGGAUUUGCUUUCCUGAAAGGGAGCGCGAGCUCGAACCCCGCCGACCAAACCCCCAGAACCCCACCCAUGCCAAAGGCCGAGACCAAUCCAAACAUCGGGGGUGUGACCGGCGCCUCCGUCAGAACCCCCACCAGUUCUGCGUCCCUCCUUCGCUCAUCUCCCAUGGCGACAGGCCGGGAGCGGGAUUCUUCCGAGAGCGACUGCGAGGGCCGUGCUCCACGCACUUUGCAUCCCAAUGGACAGCGGUUGGACCUGAACCCGUACCCGCUGAUCAAACACGAGCCGGGCGCAGAAGGAGGAGAAGAAGACAUGGAAGACAUUUACUCCAACGGAGGGGCGGAGACGGAGGAGGAUGAACCGGUGGGCGACAGCACCAGUAGCAAAGAUUUCCCUCUUUUAAACCAAAGUAUUUCCCCCUUGUCCAACAGCGUGCUGAAGUACAGCGACAACAAAGAUCCCUCAUCCUCCUCUUCCUCCUCCCGUGAGGAGAUGGAGAAGAAUCAGCUGAACUCAGCCCAAGCCAGAGAUAGAGAUAGCAGUAACGACUCAACCAGUGAAGCCCUGGGUGGUCCAGAUGGAUUCUCCCCCUCCUCUCACCUGAUGAUGCCACGAGACGACGAGAGUCCGGGACCCCUGCACCAGCACGGGGGAAACCCCGGAACCCCUGGCACGCCGGGUACCCCUGGAACCCCCGGACUGGCCGAGGGGUCCCCAGGCAGUGGUGUAGAGUGCCCAAAAUGUGACACGGUCCUAGGGUCCUCCCGAUCCUUAGGUGGACACAUGACCAUGAUGCACUCUCGUAACUCCUGCAAGACACUGAAGUGUCCCAAGUGUAACUGGCACUACAAGUACCAGCAGACACUGGACGCCCACAUGAAGGAGAAGCACCCAGAGUCUGGAGGGUCCUGUGUGUACUGCCGUACAGGGCAGGCUCACCCACGCCUGGCCCGGGGAGAGAGUUAUACAUGUGGAUACAAGCCCUUCCGCUGUGAGGUGUGUAACUACUCCACCACGACCAAGGGCAACCUGAGCAUCCACAUGCAGUCGGACAAGCAUCUGAACAACGUUCAGACACUGCAGAAUGGGGGCACUGAACAGCAGUACAACCACAACCACACCCACACCCACAGCCAUACCCACACCCACACCCCCUGCCACAGCCAUGCCAACCCUGUGCCCAGCGCCAGCCUGGGGGGAGGCUGUGGUACCCCGUCACCCUCCAAGCCCAAACAGAAGCCCACGUGGCGUUGUGAGGUGUGUGACUACGAGACCAACGUGGCGAGGAACCUACGCAUCCACAUGACCAGCGAGAAACACAUGCACAACAUGAUGCUGCUGCAGCAGAACAUGAAGCAGAUUCAACACGGUCUGCACCUGGGUCUGGCCCCGGCCGAGGCUGAGCUCUACCAGUACUACCUGGCUCAGAACAUCAGCCUGACCGGGGUCAAGCUGGAGAGCCCCGGCCCAGAAGCCCAGAUGAUUAACCCCUUCCAGCUGGACCCCAAUACGUCCGCUGUGCUCGGCUCUGGGCUAGUGAAUAAUGACUUGUCUGCGGAGCUGCGUCUAGCCAGUGGUCAGCUGAUGGCUGAUGACCUGUCUGUCUUCUCCGGCGGCAGGGGCGCUGGAGGCAGUGGUGAGCUCUCUCCGCCCAUCAGCGACCCGUCGCUCCGCCUCUACCAGUGUUCUGUCUGCAGUCGCUUCACCUCCGAUAGCCUGGAGGCGCUGGGCGCCCAUGUCAACGCAGAACGCACCCUGCCCGAGGACGAGUGGCGUGGCAUUGUGGGAGAUGUGUACCAGUGCAAACUGUGUACUUACAACACCCAGCUCAAGGCCAACUUCCAGCUGCACUGUAAGACAGACAAACACAUGCAGAAACAGCAGCUGGUGGCGCACAUCAAGGAAGGAGGGAAAGCCAACCAGUGGAGGUUAAAGUGCGUCGCCAUCGGCAACCCUGUGCACCUGAAAUGCAACGCGUGCGACUACUACAGCAACAGCGUGGAUAAACUGCGGCUGCACGCCACCAACCAGCGACACGAGGCUGCCAUUAGGCUGUACAAGGUACCAGUCACUCCUGUUAUAACAUAACGCUCCCACCGUACACACGACAGCCACCAACACACCAGACAACGCAGCGGCAUAAUACAGUGAUUAUGCAACAGGGCCUAGACCUCUAUAACAGCAUGAUGUCAUCCAGCCAGUGGUUUGUAAGGCGUUGUUACGUGAGGCCUAUUAGUGGUGGCCCUGUGUUUGUUGCAGGGUGUUAGAGAUUGGCAUUCUGGCACCACCUGGCUUAUAUUAGCCAUUAACCAACAGGUAGAGCUGAUUUAGCUCCC